UUUCACAUCUGGCUUUCAAGUUUCAACCUCCUCAGUCCUCACUUGUUCCAAAUAUGUGAAAGGUUGACUGGUGUGAGCUGGGAUGAUCGGGAGAGACGGUUUCUUAACUUUGUAGCACAUGUACUAUCUCUCGAUGAACUCAAACCUUUACAGAAGCUACGAUUAAAAUUUGACAUUGCUGAUUUCAGUAACUAUAGUUCUAAAGCUUCUAUGGUGGUUACAUUAGCUAUGGAAAGUAAUUGUUUGAGAAUUGAUUUGGAUUUAUCUAGUGAAGCGGCGUCAAUGUGGGUUCCUGAAUACGAUGAAAUGUACACUCUGCCUCCAUGUAUUUUCCCACACCCAUCCAUCUCUCAACUGAAAUUUUCCGGCUGUAAGUUUGUAUCUUCUUUUUUUAAAAGUUUUACAUCAGUUAACCUAGUUACACUUACAAGUGUCGAGCUACAGAAAGACUCGGUGUCUGACUUUGUCUCCAAAUGCCCAUGCCUUGAAGAAUUACAUCUUCUUCAUUGUAAAAUUCCUUCUUCUUAUUUCGAGUUAAAUGCCCCGGAAUCCAAUCUGAAGUGCUUAGAGUUGCAUUCUUGUCGCGGCAACAAAGGGUUGUCUUUUGAGCAUGCCUCUAUCCAAAUUCCAACUCUUCUGCAAUUGAAGUACAUAGGGGAAUUCAGAUCAGCAGGUUACCUCUCUAUAUGCAAUUCAGAGAAUCUCAUUGAAGCAAAUAUUUGUAUUUUUUAUUGUCCAAACUAUGAGUACAAGUUGGUAUGCAAGCUUCUAAAGAAUCUCCUGAAUGUUAAGUCUCUAACUCUAUCUCCCAGUAAUCUUGACGUUCUCAAUACUAAUGGUGGGAUAAGUUUGCCAUCUCCGCUCUUCAAUUUAAGGCAUUUGUCUGUAGAUCUAGGACAGGCUGAUAAGGAGUUCCCGGGGCUAAUAUGCUUGCUAAGGAGUACCCCUUGUUUAGAAACUCUUUGUGUGGACUGUCAUCCGUAUUGUGAAACUGAUGAUGAAAUGUUAUCCGGAGUCUAUAAUGCAGAUGAAGAAGUAGUUCAGCAACUACAUUUACUUCCUUCUCUUAUGAAAGUUGAGAUCAAGGAGUUUCAAGGUCUAAAAGUUGAAAUGGAGUUUGUAAAACAUAUUCUACAGAUUUCAGUAUGUUUGAAAGAGAUGGUUAUUCACAUCCGCGGAAGAUAUUAUUAUCUGGAUAUAAGAAUGGGCAAAGACCAUUAUAAGAAUUUCAAGAUUAAAAAAGCUGAGACAAUUAAGACUCUAUUGGCUUGCACACCUGCGUCUCCUGAUGCUAAAAUAAUUCUCAAGUAGGGAAAGUUCUUAUGGGUGGUCUUACAUAUCGGCGGUAUAUCAACAUCAGAUAAGGCAUUCCAUUUUGAGAUCCUGAAUGUCAAAAGGUAUGAUGAGAACUUCCAUUUUGCCGUAAAUGUUUUCAUUCUCAAGAUGAGUUUUUUUGGCGUAAUGUGUGAUUGUAUUUUACACCACUGAUGCAUUGUAAUAUGAAGAACUAGUUAAAUUGUGAAAACUUGUAUUGCGAUGGAGAAGAUUUAACUACCACUUUGCUUUCCGAACUGAUACUGUUGAAUGUGCUUGGUUA